CAAAUGGAAAUUGGUACUAAUCAGAGCUAUUUCUCUUACCAUAGUCCAGCCAAAUUAAAAGACGAUAAGUCUCGAUUUGAGACAGAAACAAGCAGGAGCUUCCAAAAGCACACGAUCGAUGGGUCAGACCAAAAACUGACUAGAAUGCCACAGCUCAGAAGAAUAGUAGAGCUCUAUUCUGUACACAAAGAUGACCAAGAAAUAGAUGACCAGUCUGGUUCGUCCUGUAGCCCUAAGAGACUCCGUCCAGGGAGUUUAUAUAAUGAUAGUAGUCCUAAGAAGGCUUCAACUAUUGAGAAGGCCUCAGAUCAUUUUACUAACAGAAGUAAGAGUAUUGGGCAGAAUAGCAAUCGAUAUGCUGAACAAGCAUCUGGGAAUAUCAUUCCAAGGUACAGAAUUGGUAAAAGGUCCUCCUCGACUUACCAAAAUCACUUUGAAGUGACCCCUGCGAAGAUCCUUAAGGAGAAAUCGUUGAACAAUAAUCCAAAUUUUAAAUAUGAGCAGAUGAGCUACAAUCAUAAAUUCCCUCCAAUUCCAAAAGCUAGGAUGAUUGAUAGGUUGUCUAAGAGCCCAUUUGAGACCAAAACAAAGGAUUAUCAGAAUGUGGAAGACCUCAGUCCUUCUUUGAAGAGGUUUAUGCUUAACAAAACUGUAAACAAGUCAGUCGUAGCUGAACCUCUCAAUAAAGAAGCUAAAAUAAAAUCUAAAUUAGCACGAAAGAACAGUAUUUUACAGAAAAUAGCUGAUAGCUCACUAAAGAAGGAGCCAGAGUUGUUCAAGCCAAUGUCAGUGAGCAUUUCAGAUGUAAUGAAGACUUCAUUUGAUCGUCCAAAGGUCACUGCUGUUCAGGAUACCUUGCAUGGCAUCUUCCAGACUUCUGCUCACCUCAAGCAGCAGCAACGGCAUAAGAAGUUCAAGACUUGGGGAGGUCUUAAAAUUCCAAUCACACACAAUGGAAUAUUUAACAAAAAUAAAGAUAUUAUGAGCAAGUGGGAUGAAGUGAGAGACGGAAUUUUCAACAAGUUAUAGCGAGGCUUCUCUAAAAUUACCGUUUUCAA